AUGAGAUACAUCGGGGCGCUCGACGUCGGUACCACCAACGUACGAUUUCAUAUACUCGAUGAAGAAGGAAACACAAUUGCUUUUUCAACGGAAAAGAUCCAACUUUUGUAUCCAAAACCGAAUUAUGUGGAAAUAGAUCCAGAUGCGUUAUGGACAACUAUAGUAAAUGUAAUAAAGAAUACUCUAACAGAAUCAAAAGUGAGAUUGGAAUCGAUAGUUGGUAUCGGAAUUUCGACACAACGAGGCAGUUUCACAACGUGGAAUUCAAAAGAUGGAAGGCAUUAUCACAAUUUUAUUACAUGGAAAGAUCUACGUGCCGACAAUUUGGUCAAAGAAUGGAACUCGUCGAUAAUAAUGAGAAUAUUGAAAAUGGGGUCGAAGAUCUUAUACACUUUCUCCAGGAACAAACGAUUCCUUGGAAUGAGCGUUUUUAAAUUCAUGAACACACAGAUGUCACUAAGGUUAGUGUGGGUACUGCAACACGUGCCUGGUUUGCAAGAGGCGAUGAACGAUGGAAAUGUCCUUUUCGGUGGAAUUGAUUCUUGGCUUUUAUAUAAAUUCACUGGAAAACACGUGACAGACAUUUCGAGUGCAUCAGCGACUGGAAUUUUUGAUCCUUUUAUCAAAUGUUGGUCAAACUCUAUGAUAAAUUUGCUUAAAUUGCCGCACAAUAUCUUCCCCCAAGUGGUGGAGACCAGUGGAAAUUUUGGUAGUACUCCAAAAGAUUUAUUCGGGGUCGAAAUUCCGAUAUUAUGUUCAACGACAGAUCAAUCGGCAUCGCUGUUCGGCUCGAUGUGUAUGCAACCGGGAGAUUUGAAAAUCACCAUGGGAACUGGCACGUUUUUGAACGUGAACACGGGUAAUAUCCCGCACGCUUCUGUCGCAGGACUUUAUCCUCUGAUCGCAUGGCAAACAGGAGAUGAAUUAGUAUACAUGGCGGAAGGUGCAUGGAACGAAACUGGAGGUAUCAUUGAAUGGGCCAAAGAAAUAAGUCUAAUCGACCAAGUAGCAGAAACAGCAAAUAUCGCGAACUCGGUGAACGAUUCUGAUGGAGUGUAUUUCGUUCCUGCAUUCAGUGGAUUACACGCGCCGAUAAAUGAUUACAGAGCAGCGGCAGGUUUCAUAGGUCUAAAACCUACCACAAGAAAGAAUCAUCUGGUUCGAGCGUUGUUAGAAAGUAUCGUUUUUGGAAUGUUACUACUUUAUGAGACAUUAUGUUCAGAAACUUCCUUCAUUUAUAAGAGAAUACGAGUUGAUGGCGGAGUAUCUAAAAAUGAUUUUAUAUUACAACUGCUAGCCGAUCUGACAGGUCUAGAAGUGGAACGAGCAUCGAGCACGGAAAUAUCUAUUUUAGGAAUAAUAUUUCUCACUGGUUUACAAUGCGGCGUUUGGAAGAGCAAGGAAAAUGUAUUCAAGUUACGAAAAGUAGAAACAAUAUUUAUGCCAAACAAUGAAAACAGAGAACGAUAUCGACCGAUAGUCGCUGAAUGGAAACGAGCUCUCCAAAGACUCGGUAAAUGGUAUACCGAGAUUAAAUAAUGGCCAACGAUUGCCACAGGAAAUAAAAGAAAAAGAUCUGUUUACCUAGAAAAUAUAUUAAAAGUUCCGAUACCAUAUGAUAAUAAGAUUUACUUAUUGACCAAUGUACAUAUGUAUAGGUAUUGUAAUAAGGUACUGUAAUAAAUAUAAUACAAUUUUUAUUAAAAAAAA